UCGGCUUAUAUAAACGGGACGCGGGAUUCUCUCGACCGCAGAAGAACCGCAUCCGCCGGUGAACAACUACGGCUACUCUAUCACGUGUUCUACGACGUUAUUCUUUAAAAGUUUCAUUACGAAGAUUUAUUCUCAAAUCGAGGGCAAGUGAACGAUUUAUCCCUGAUCGAAGAUGCAGAGACAAAUCGCAAUCUCCUGUUUGAUCCUGAUAGCCAUCACCGUUAUGGUGGUGUCAAGUCCUCUGGCGGAUGCUGCUCCGUUUUCACAACAAAAUUAUUGGAAUCAAUUAGAAGAAGAAGAUCCUGAAGCUCUCCUUGAUAUGCUCGCCCGUCUUCGUCAUUCGAUCAUGCGAAAUCAAGAACUCGAAAACAAUAAACGCGGACUAGACUUAGGUUUGAGCCGUGGAUUUAGUGGUUCUCAAGCAGCGAAACAUUUGAUGGGUCUCGCAGCCGCGAAUUACGCUGGUGGUCCAGGACGAAGGCGCCGUUCGGAAUAAAUAUAGAUAAAUCGAAUAUAAGAGGAUGUAAAGUGAACUUCUAACGCAAAUAAUAAUAAUAAUAAUAAUAAUAAUAUUAACAAUAAUAAUAAUAAUAAUAAUUAUAAUAAUAAUGACGACAUUGUUCAACGUACUUGUUCACGUAAUGUGUCAGACGAUUGUGUCAGACUUCUUUAGAAUUUUACAUGUUUCGCACUUUGACGCACGUUACUGCGAUAUUUCUUCUUUCUAUAGAUAUUUGAUUUCUAAUCUGUAAUAUUUAUUUUAAUUCUUAUUUAAUACAUAAUACGUGACACGUAGCGCGCGAAUAGAAUUUGUUUUUUCUUUUCUUCUUUCUUUUUCUUUAUUUUCCUUAAUAGUAUAGUUGACACUUUUCGUUAUUCUAAUUCUUACUCGCUAUAAUUCAAUUUACCAAAGAGCACGAACGAUGAUUUAUCUCUAGUCAUGUAGAUAUAUAGAUAAAUGUGUAUGCAUAUGUAUAUGUAUAUAUAUAUAUAUAUAUAUAUAUAUAUAUAUAUCCCUUUCAGUGCCGACAAAAAAGUUGAACCUGAACGAAUAGUCCCGAGUCAAACUGAUGUAGUUUGAAAAAAUUCAAAAAAAAAAUUGUAAACAUUUUGUUUUUUUUUCUUUUUCUUUUUAUUCUUUUAUUUUGUUUUUGUUUCUUCUUUGAAUUUUUUGAGUGUUUCGGACCAAAGGUUUCCAAGAUUAAUGGACGAGAAUUAUAUCGACUAUCAUUAUUUAUAUUAAUAUCAUGAAAAUUAUUGUAAGAAUCGUCAUUUUCAUUAUUAUCAUCGUCGAAUUUCCGAAACGCUUUCACUCUCAUUGUUUAUUCUACGUGAUGCAGAAUUCUUGAUACGAAUAUUAAUUCUUCAUCAUUGUAACUACUUUCAUUAAUAAUGAAUUGAACUAAUUCCGUAUCAUUCAUAGCGAUAUAAAUUUGAUAAUAUUAUAACUAGGUUUACAUAAACGGCAAUGACUGAAAUAGAAAUGAUUUUUAAAUUAUAUGAUGCAUCUAAUCGCUUAGAAAUUGUUCUCCAAACCUAAACGCAUAGUAUGACAAACAUAUAACGAAAUAUCAUUAGCAAUUUUCACAAAUGUUAGCCAUAUAUCAAUAUAUCGUUGUUCGGCACUGAAUAGGUUUAUUUAUAUUAUUUAUAUUUAUUAUUAAAUUAUACAACUUCCAAGAGCAGCUUUGUCCCUCGUUUUUUGAUCUAUUUUAGAUUUAGAAAUAACAGAGAUAUAAAGCAAUUUAUUUUUAAAUAUCUUGAUGUCGUCGAUUAAAAAGAUCAUACGAUCGUAUUCUCCCCAGUAUUAUGUAACAUCUGUAGAUAUUUAUCGUAUUUAUCUUUCGUCAAUAGCAUGCAUUUUCUUAAUCAACAAGAUCUACUACAUAUAUAUAUAUAUAUAUAUAUAUGUGUGUGUGUGUGUGUGUGUGUGUGUAUAUAUGUAUAACACACAGAGAUAGAUUACAUACAUUAUCAGUUAUGUAUUUUCUUCUAAAAUAAUUGUCGCACACAAAAGAUCCUUUUUCGUUUUUUAUUAGGACAAAGUAAAAAGUAUUCGUUUAGUAUUUGUUGUGAUAUGUGUAACAAAGACAUGUUUCUCGCCUCUAUAAAUCGUCUAAAUAAAUGUUACUUUAACUCAAAAA